AACUUGCGUUAAUAUCUGCCAAAAAGGAUAAGUUACGUUCAUCUCCUGCUAAAAAGAAAACUUAUAUGUAUUAUAUAUAGAUAGAACCAUAUGCUUUCCAUGUUUUAGUCACCGAAGAGAAUAUUCUACCCAAGCCCACAGAAAUAACAACAUGCUUAUCUUUCCAUAAAUCCAGCUGGAAAAUUAAAGAUUACUAAUCUAAUUACCCUAAUUCGUAAAUACAGAAGUAAUUACCUAAUUCUUUGUUUGAAUAAAAAUAAAUAAAUAAAAUCUCUGGCCAGCUAAUCACUCUCCCUAUAUAAACCCUCUCUGGGCGGCGUGAAUGUCUUCUCCGUUCUGGCUUUCGUUUCGAGCCUCUCUAUCUAUCGGCGUCACGAUCAGCUAAGUCGUCUUCUCUUCAAAUUUCCCUUCUCUUCCUUUCGAUUUUGAUCCGGGAGGGUUUCGUUUCGUUUCGUUUCUCUUCUUCCUGAUUUCGAUCUCUCUUCCGUGGUGAGAUCUGUCCGAAUUCGAUCUAGGGUUCUUUCGUUGGGAUUUUGAUUAUUGUAUUUGGGGUUCGGCAGAUGAAUUAGGGAUCCGGGCAAAUGCAAAUGAUUCUAGAUUUUCUCUGAGCUACGCAAUCCUAAUGCGUAUGAUUUGUAUUAUGCAUUCCUUCUCGGUCGUGUUCCUCUACUGGUUCUACGUUUUCUCAGAACUGAUCUGAUCUGAUUCUGGCGAUUGUGAUUUUCGUAAAAUUCGUUUGAUCUGACUGAAAUUCUUUGUUAAGUUUAGGUAGCGGGACGUAAAUCCUUUGUAAAAUCUGAUAAAUAAACCCAGUUAGGGUAUCUAGUAGUAUAUAUUAUCGUCGAAUUUUGGGGAGAAGGAAGAAAAACCUGUUGAAGUCAGCAUAUGGCACCGAUUCAGAGGCAGAUGAGUCCGGAAUCGGAACUUGAACCGAGGUACGCGACCAUCACGGACGAGAGGAAGAGGAAGAGGAGGAUUUCCAACAGGGAAUCUGCUAGGAGGUCUCGGAUGAGGAAGCAGAAGCAGAUGGAGGACCUGAUCAAUGAAGUCACCGCUCUCAAGAACGACAACUCCGACAUUUCUAAGCAGAUUGAUGCAGCUACCAGGAGGUGCAACGAGAUGGAGGCUCAGAACAACAUUUUGAGGGCACAGGCCUCGGAAUUGACCGAUAGGCUGAGAUCGUUGAACUCGGUUCUGAGAAUGGUUGAAGAGAUCAGCGGGCUGGCUUUGGAUAUUCCCGAGAUUCCGGAAUCUAUGCAGAAUCCAUGGCAGAUUGCUUGCGUUUGAGUUCUGACGGGGAGUUCCCAAGAAGCUCAAGGUUGUGUCUGGGUCUGUUAGGCUUGGUCACUAGGUAAUGUCUCGUGUCUUGUUAGUGUGUUUGCUUCGCAAUUUGUCCAUUCCAAUUCUUGUGUCUGAUGUUCUUCUUGUUUUGGUGCAUUUGGAUCAUUGCCCAUGUCUAAGCAACAAAUCCUUAUGCUAUAUCAUAAGAUUUGAUUUCAAAGUAUAAAUAAUAAAAUUUCCGGGAAAGUUCGUGUGUAUGUAUUGAUUUCAAAGCACAACAGAGAGAAAAAAAAAU